AUGCGGAUGCUCGUGCUUAGAUUGGUUAAGAAGGUCGGAACCUCCACCAGAUGUCUCGUGUUGCUUAUGGCCGUAGUCUGCAUGCCCUUCGUCUACCUCGCUCUUAACAACGUCCAUACCAGCAAGCGGCCAGUGAAGGUUGCAGUGUCCGACACGCUAGGUGGAGGAUCUAUACUAAAGAGGUACCUUACAGACGCACCUGCACAGCACACAGCUGUAGGGGAGCGGUUCGCGCAGCGGAGGCGUCAUCUACAGGACCAGUGCGCGGACCUCCCGAGCUACUUCGGUACGCAGAAUUCGGAGAACGCCGUAAAGGAGCAUCUAACCAUUGAUACCAAACACAACCUGGUUUACUGCGCGAUCGAGAAAAUUGGAUCAACGUUCUGGAAGCGGGUAUACCAGAUUUUAAGCGGGUUUAAGAACGUGUCCGACCCAUUUGAGAUUCAGGGAAUUAGGGCUUACGAGGGGUACCUCACCGCUAAGGGACUGCCCUUCGACAGGAUACAUUAUAUUCUGAAAAAUUCCAAAAAGUUUAUGUUCGUCAGAGAGCCGUAUGAGCGUCUUCUGUCCGGAUAUGUAGACAAGCUGUUCGCGCCAAACGCCGCCUACUGGGCAUUUAUCGGCACGUUCAUUACGCAGACAUUCCGCGCGAAUGCCACGGCGGAGGCGAAAAGGUGCGGACAUGACGUCACGUUCGAAGAGUUCGUGCUUUACUUCAUUUACUCGCAACACAACAAUCUUAGGAGAGACGCGCACUUUGUGCCAAACUUUGAACACUGCAGACCGUGCGAAAUUGACUAUGAGUACAUUGGUAAGCUGGAGACGUUCAAAGAGGAUACACUGUUCUUGUUGAAGGAAUUACAACUUGAUUCUGAAGUUCGGUUUACCGACUUUCAAACUGAAACCGAGCGGGACGCGAUAGUUGACGCUGCGGAUUAUGUGUACUCAAUGCAGAAAGCGAUUACCAAGUGUAUGUCCAUGCACGAGGCACUUUUCCGAUGCUACCGGAAGUUGCAGAUUCGGGGAAUCAUAAGCACAGACGUGGAGUAUCCUUUCAUCCGAGAAGGCGACAGGGAUAUUUCUAUUGACGAAUACAAACGGAAUUUGCUUACUGCGCAUGCGCAUUCGGGACCACCGGAAAGCAGGAAGUCCAAUAGACGAGAGGCGUUCAUUGAAGCUUAUUCAACACUAUCCGCAGACGUUCUGCUGAAACUUACAAACGAAUUAAGCGUUGACGCUAAACUUUUUGACUAUGAACUCGUCCCCAAAGCAUUUGAAAAAAUAGAAAACUAUAAGCCAGAGUUUAGCUUCUUUCACAUCCAUCUGUAA